AUGGGACCACGCGGUCUCAGGGCUCAGGGAAGGGGGGGACAUGGUGGGGGGACCGAUGGCAGAGCCACCUCUGCAGCUCCUGAGCAACCUGCGCCGUUCUCCCUGCAGGUGGGGACCAACGGGGUCAUCUCCACCCAGGAUUUCCCCAGGGAGACCCAGUACGUGGAUGACGAUUUCCCCACAGACUUCCCCGUCAUCGCUCCCUUCCUGGCCGACCUCGACACUUCCGGUGACAGAGGGAACAUCUACUACCGCCAAGACGACUCACCGGCCGUUCUGGACCAGGCUGCGGGCUACAUCCAGGCUGGGUUCCCCCACACCGCCGGCUCCUUUGUGCCCACCAAUGCGUUCAUUGCCACCUGGGAGGACGUGGGCGCCUACCAGGAGCUCUCGCAGGACACUGAGCCCUCCAAGAAGCUCAACACCUUCCAGGCGGUCAUAGCCUACAACGAUGAAGACACCUACGCCAUCUUCCUCUACCCUGAUGGUGGCCUCCAGUUCCUGGGGACGCGACCCAAGGAGUCCUACAACGUCCAGCUGGAACUGCCGGCCAGGGUGGGCUUCAGCUGGGGGGACGGUGACGACCCGAAGAGGGACGGGCUCUUCCACAGCCUGGCCAGCAGCGAGCAGGCUCUGAGGCACCUGGAGCGGGAGAGCAACACGGGGGUACCCGGCGUGUGGGUCUUCCACGUGGGCAGCGCGGCCCCCCUGGAGCACGUGGAGCCGGGGGACAACGGGGGAGUACAUCGUACCCACGGCACCGCCGACUACACCCGCACACCCUACAGCCGUGCCCACCACACCUCCACGGAGUUGCCGGCGCGGCACGGUGCUGAAUUCACCCAGAGCCUGGAGAUGGUCUUCUACCCUGGGGAGGAGAAGGUCCACGUCACUCAGACGGCCGAGGGCCUGGGGCCGGACAAUUACUUAAGCCUUAAGACACACAUCCAGGGCCAGGUGCCGUUUCUGCCGGAGAACGUCACUGUCCACAUCGCUCCCUACAAGGAGCUCUACCACUACUCCAGCUCAGCCGUGAUGUCCUCAGCUCACCGGGAGUACGUCCUGGCCGCUGGGACCGCCAACCAGACCUUGUCCUACCGCCUGCACCAGAACAUCACCUUCGCCGGCUGCCCGGACACCCGCCUGCCCGCUGGCUACUGCUGGUUGGUGGACGCCGCCGGGCAGGAGAUCGCCGGCACACGGACGGCGCCGGGCAGCACGCCGCCUCGCUGCGGGAACCCAGCCCCAUGGUACCCCUCCAGCAUCCUCAGCAUGGAGGGGUACCCCGCAAGGAGAGGGGGACCCGGGGGGCUCCGGCAAAGCCCCGAGUCCCCCAAACUUGCACAUGGGGUCUGUCGCGGGGUGGGGGUGACUGUCACCCUCCCCACGCCAGAGCCCACGGAGCGGCCCCGCACCAUGUGCGAGCGCUGGCGGCAGAGCUUGCUGGAGCACUACGGCGGCAGCCCCCCCCCCGACCCGGACGGGGACGAGAGCGGCAGGGAGAACCAGGGCACGCGCUCGGAGCCCGGCACCACCCCGCCAUGUCUCCCCAGUGUUGCGCCGCCCAGCGUCCGGCCCUCGCCCCGACCCGACGUGUCCCCGCCGGCCACGGGGACCUUUCUGCUCUACGCUCAGGGACAGCAAAUCGGCUACCUCCCGCUCAACGGCACGCGGCUGCAGAAGGAGGAGGCGAAGACGCUGCUCUCCCUGCAUGGCUCCAUCGUGGUGGGGAUCGACUAUGACUGCCGGGAGAAGACCAUCUAUUGGACGGAUGUGGCCGGCCGGACCAUAAGCCGGGCGAGCCUGGAGCCAGGCGCUGAGCCAGAGACCAUUAUCAACUCAGGACUCAUCAGCCCCGAGGGGCUGGCGGUGGACCACUUGCGCCGAGCCAUGUUCUGGACCGACAGCGGCCUGGAUAAGAUCGAGAGAGCCCGGCUGGAUGGCUCUGAACGGCGGGUGCUCUUCGACACGGAGCUCGUCAACCCCCGGGCCAUCACGGUGGACCCCGUCCGAGGCAACCUUUACUGGACGGACUGGAAUCGUGAAGCACCCAAAAUCGAAACUUCCACUGUCAACGGAGCCAACAGGCGGGUCCUGGUGAACAAGGACAUCGGUUUGCCCAACGGCCUGACGUUCGACCCCUUCUCCAAGCUGCUCUGUUGGGCAGACGCAGGAACGAAGCACCUGGAGUGCACAUUCCCCGACGGGACAGGCCGGCGCAUCAUACAGAACAACCUCAACUACCCCUUCAGCAUCAUCAGUUACGCCAAUCACUUCUACCACACGGACUGGAGGAGGGACGGUGUGAUAGCCAUCGAUAAAGAAACCGGCUCCUUUACCGAUGAGUAUCUUCCAGAGCAGCGAUCGCAUCUCUAUGGAAUAACCGCAGUUUAUCCCUACUGCCCUGGAGGUUACUUCAAUAAUUGA